CCCAAAUUUACAUUCAGUCAGCCGUAGUUGAAGUGAAGUAAAUUUUGUCUCCAUACAAAAAUCCUUUAAAAAUGCAGCUCGCAUAUUUCCAAGUUUUUAUUCCCACCUGUUUACUCCUCCUAAUUGGCACCCCUGCACACGUGGAACCUGCCAAAAUCCUAUUCCUCAUCCCCAUGUCGACCCGCAGUGAGAAACACAUGUUCUCCCCACUAAUUACCAAAUUGGCCUCAAACGGUCACAACUUAACCGUCGUGACGAACAUUGCGGACAAAGUGGGACACGCCAACGUGACGGAAAUCGUGCCCAUUUCCGUCGACGAAGUGUGCGGAAGUGUGAGUGACAUUGGAGCUUCCCAAAGUUUAUUUUGGGACAUUGUUUUCCUCGAUAUGAAGCCCUUAAUGUCUCUAGUGGACAAGAUUUACGACCAUCCCGAAUUUAAAACGGUUUUGAGGCAGAAAUUUGACCUGAUUUUUACCAACUUGUUUUUUGGACAAGCUUUUUACGGUGUAAUGUACAAAAAUCGGGGCCCCUUCAUUCUCCUGCAUAGUCUUCCGGUCGCCAAUUAUUUUCUGAAGGACUGGGGCCACGUGGCACCUCCGUCCCACGUGCCCUAUCCGUUGUUGGAAUUUACAGACAAAAUGAACUUCCGAGAACGUGUCGUGAAUUUUUUGGUGGAUUGGGCCACAUAUUUCCACUCGGAGAUGGUGGAUAUUCCAUUGUUUGAAGAGGUUUAUAGGAAACAUCUCGGACGGGAGGUACCCUCGGUGAAGGAAAUUCAGAAAAAUGCGAGUUUGAUGAUGAUGAAUACGAAUUAUUUGACGACAUAUCACAGACCGGUUAUGCCGGAUGUGAUUGAAAUUGGGGGGAUGCAUUGUAAGGAGGCGAAACCUCUGCCGGAGGACUUGGAGAAAUUGGUGGGAACGGCUGCAGCUCCGGAUGGAUUCAUUUUUAUAAGUUUCGGAACCGUGUUGACGGGUUCCAGUCUACCGGAAGGGAUUAAGGAUAAGUUUCUCCACGUGUUUUCUCGCUUGAAGCAGAAAAUUUUAUGGAAAUGGGAGUCUGAAGAUGGGGAUAAUUUACCUUCAAAUGUAAUUCGGAGGAAAUGGUUACCUCAACAAGAUAUUUUAGGUCACAGCAACAUUCGUCUUUUCAUUUCUCACGGAGGGUUGUUAAGCAUGCAGCAAACGAUCUAUCAUGGCGUCCCCGUCAUCACGUUUCCCUUCUUUUUCGACCAGAUGACAAACGCACGAGCGAUUGAGGACCAAGGCGUCGGAUUAAAUAUGAACGUUUGGAAUUUCACAGAAACUAAGCUGGAAGAAGGAAUUAACCAAAUUAUUGCGGAAGGGUCGAAGUCAGCCACCAAUACCACCAUUCGAAGUCCAUCUUCGCCACCACGUCCUUCUUCUUUCUUGAGACUAGGAGGUAUCACUUCUUAAUACUAGCACCGCAUAAAAUAAAGGUCUAAACUAAGAAAUUAACCUACUAUUUACAUAUAUACACUAUUUACAAGUUUAUACAUUUAUCGUUGAAAUUGUUGAAAGAGUCUUCCUAUUUCUUCCUGCUCCUCCAUAGAGAUGUUGAUGGUCCUUCCACGUCUUGAUGCUCUUGAUGGGAAAAUCUUCUUAAUAAUCUGUCCAAUCUUGAUGUAACAAGAAGCGUUUUCAGAAAUAUACGAAGUUCCAGAUUUGGAUUUGGAGGUGUUGGGUUUCCAAAAUGUCACCUUCACCUCCUGUUCCGCGAGGUCCACUUCGUCGAUGAUUGCGACAUACCAUUGUUUCUCGUAGACACAAACAACCCAAUCGCUGACAGAGCAUUCAUCGAUGAUGACCAGGGGAGGUUGGCCUUCGGAUUCCAUUAUUUUCGUAGCCAUCACCGUGGUGUCCCGAGAAACUUCGUAAAGGUGAAUUUUUCCCGAUGCAAUUUCAAUACGAUGAGCUUGUUGAGUCCCCGCAAUUGUUUUUAUUGUCUCGUACCGGGAAGUUAAAUCCUUUUCAUCAAUAAUCUCCUGAAUUUCGGAAUCCGAGAUGAAGAUGUAUUCUAUUCCUUUGAUAUUUGAACUGCACCAGUUAUAGAAUUCUAAGGCUGUUGUAAUCUUGGUGCCUUGUAGGGAUGCAGUUCUUGCUCGACGUUUCGCAAUUCCUCCUUGAGCAUCUUGAGGUCCCUUCAUAUGAGCAGUUGCUCCAUAGUUCCAUUCAGCUAUAAUUCCGAAGUCCUUUAGAUGAUGGUAUAAGUUACAGAAGUUUUUUCGGUUCUUAUAUUGGGCUGCAGAUCCAUCCGAAACGUAGUAGAUCUUGGUAAUCUUGAUUUGGGCAGCAGCAAACUCAGCAACAAGUUUUGGUACGAGUUUGGUCUGGAAUGCGUAGAAAGAGUUUGUGUCAUGAGUGGUACAAUCACUAAUGACAGUUAUGCUCUUCAUCUUGACUUCUUGAUUCACGUUCCAAUAUAUCGUGAAGGGGUGGAGAGUGAUUUGUUUAUGGGAAAAAUACUCAGACUGGACAGCAUUUUGGAUGACAGGUGAAUAAUUUUCAGAAAAAUCGCCCCAUAUGACAAUCUCACCUGGUUUGAGAUUCUGGCGAAGAUCCACCAGAAAUUCAUGCUGAGCUUUGCUGAUGUAGUGAUGUUUCAUCAUCUUCUCCAAUUCUAAAGUUGCAAAGUCCAAGAAUUCUUCGGUAUCCUUUUCUUGAGUCACGUAUUGGGUCCCAUCGGUUGUUAGCCAUCUUCGGUACGAUAUUGACUCGUUGUUCUUGAGUACUUCAUUUUCUCUUAAAGUUGUUUUGAAUCUUGUUGUGGAUCCUUUACACUGAGCACAUCUCCUGUAGUAGCAAUCCUUGCCUCCGUUUUCACAAACUAAUUGUGAAAUUAAAGGCUUGAUUGAAGAAAUCUUGAUAGCGUGGAACAAAAGUUUGACGUUCUCAUGAUGAAUACAUACGCAAACGUUGUGGUAUCCCUUGCUGGUUAGCGAGAUGCAUUCUGGCGGCCUUAGCAUCAUAAAGGAUGAUUUCCCAAUUUUCGAAUCCGGGUGGUGGGUCUUGAAAAUUUCGUAGAGCUCCCGCAGAUUGCUUAAAAGAUACCGCUUCUGCUUAUGUUCUCGUUUCCCUGUUUCCUUGUUCUUUAUGGAUAAGAAGUCCUGUUUUCCUGGGUAGGCUCUAGAAACAUCAUCUUGAUAAUAGAAGUCCUUAAUCCUGGAUUUUGUCUCAUCAGUAAUUUUGAAUCCACAUUUUGGUUUUACGGGAGGAAGAAUGGUGUUGGUUUCUGUUCGACGUUUUCGACUUCCCUGGACCAACCGCUGUCCAACGUCGAAGAAGUCUUUGGUUUUCUUGAUACUCCAAGAUGGCGGAACCAGGGUUAAAAGCUGUUUUUUUCGGCUUGAGAACAUCCUUGCAAUCUCAACUUUAAGUUAUUCAUGAUCCACUUGAGAUCUUCAGAAUCUUGUAGAAGUUGUUGUUUAUCUUCUUCUUCAAUUGGCAAUCCGACUUCUUUAAAUCCUGUGGUGAUUGUCUUGGCAACUUGCUCAAGUUCUCUUGUGACGAGGUUACCCUGUUGGAUGAGGUUUCUUCUAUUAAAUGUUAUUGCAGGGGAUGAAGGAGAGAUUGUCUGUUUUAUAUUGGUCAACGUAUCGACCAAUUUCUUCUUGGUGACAGGUUCUUCAAAUGGGUCUUCCGACUCUUGUUCUUGAAUUUCUUCAGCAUAACCAUGGCAAAAUUUUGCGUCCUUGCAUAUAGCUUGAUUUGGUAAUAAACCUAUCUCCUUAUACUGGGUAAAGUAUUGCUCCGCGGUAAUGUACUUCACAUACUUACCACUAUACUUAUCAUUAUGUUUUGGAUGACAACAUAGCAUAGCGCUUCUUCGCCGACCAAAAUACUCGAUACAUUUGGUGCAGAUGCUGUUAUCAUUAAAAUUAACUUUAAGAUUGUACCCUGGAAAUGUCUGCUUCAUUGAGUGCAAAAUCCUGUAUUGCUCCAUCUUGCUAACUAAUCCAGCCACAGAUUUAUCUUUAGAACAAGUCCAGCCAUGGUGGGCAAUCAAGAGUCCAAUAUUGCAGAGUCGUACUAUAAAAUAUAAUUUAGCACUCUUAUAAUUUAUUAAUACUUUGAAAUAUUUUAAUAAUUAUCCACGCUCUGAUAUUUUUUACCAAGUUUAAUAAA